GAUGCGCUGCCUGGCGUGCGGUUAGUCGUGAUUUCGAGAGCCGCUCGGUUUGCUUUGUCGUCGUCGUGCAUUCGUGUAUUUGCUUUUCGUCCGUAAUUUAACACGUGCUUCACAGUCAAAACAACUGUUCAACAUUGCCACGACACUGUACGACUGUAUGGCUGUUAGAUAGUAGUGCAACAUCAGUUCUUAUUUAGCUAAGCAAUUUAUUUCGACGUCGGUCACGUUAAUGAGUCCUCUGCUCGUCGUAACAGCGUUUGGUUCGCUCGCUCUACGAUCGUAACCGACCGACUGACGUUUAUCAACAAACGGCUUUAGAGUUAUCUGGAAAAUAGUGUAUACAACGCUUAGUUCGGUGUCUAUGGUUUAAUUUUUUUUUGUUUUUCCCCUGUUAAUUCGGUUAGUGAUGUGUGAAAUCGAUUGUGUCUCAAGUUUAAUGAUACUCUGUGUACGAUUUGUUUGUGCUACAUUCGCUACAUUAGCCUGAUUGCGUAAAUGACAUCUGUCAAUUGCGGGCACGUGUAGCAGCUAGCUGACCCUGACUCAGCACUGACCUAUCUCUAAGAUAACGACAUCCACAUGUCGAUUGCGACCAGUGCCAUGUCGGGUUUGCCCAGCCAGCAAUUAGGUGGCAGUGGCAGCUCGAGUUCCCUGAAUCCUUCGCCGAUCAGUUCCCACUCGCCCCCCAGUUCUGUUUCGGGAGCCUCGACGCAGAACAUUGGCGGCGGGGUCAUCUCGGGGGCGCUGACCCACUGCGCCAUAUGCGGAGACCGCGCGACUGGUAAACAUUACGGAGCUUCCAGCUGUGAUGGGUGCAAGGGAUUUUUUCGGCGAAGUGUUCGGAAGAAUCAUGUUUACACUUGCAGAUUUAAUCGAGCAUGUGUCGUAGACAAAGAUAAACGGAACCAGUGUCGGUACUGCCGUUUGAGGAAGUGUUUUAAAGCUGGAAUGAAAAAAGAAGCCGUCCAGAACGAAAGGGAUAGGAUUAGCUGCAGGCGGCCGAGUUAUGAAGAACAAUCCCAAGGAAAUGGUUUGUCAGUGAUGUCUCUGCUGAACGCAGAGAUGCUUAGUCGACAGGUUGGGGCUGCUCUUGAGAAUGGAAGUACAGCAGUUAACGAUUACGAUUUAUCAAAUAAGCAACUAGCAAAUAUAAACGAUGUAUGUGAUUCUAUGAAGCAGCAACUUCUUAUUUUGGUGGAAUGGGCGAAAUACAUUCCGGCGUUCACUGAACUGCAACUUGAUGAUCAGGUAGCGUUAUUGCGUGCCCAUGCAGGUGAACAUUUAUUACUGGGCUUAGCCAGAAGAUCGAUGCAUUUAAAAGACAUCCUUUUAUUAGGAAACAAUUGUAUAAUAACUAAGCAUUGUCAGGAUUCACGCAUAUCCCCAGACUUGGACAUAAGCCGCGUGGGGUGCAGGAUCAUGGACGAAUUAGUCAAACCAAUGACGGAGGUGCAGAUAGAUGACACAGAAUUCGCUUGUCUUAAAGCCAUAGUAUUUUUUGACCCAAAUGCAAAAGGACUUAGCGAACCCAAUCGCAUAAAAGCUCUUAGAUACCAAAUUCAAAUUAACCUAGAGGACUAUAUUAGUGAUCGACAGUACGAUUCUAGAGGACGAUUUGGUGAAAUAUUGUUAACGCUACCAGCACUUCAGUCAAUCACAUGGCAGAUGAUUGAACAAAUUCAAUUUGCCAAACUUUUUGGAGUUGCCCACAUAGACAGCUUAUUGCAAGAAAUGUUACUUGGUGGAGCUACUCCUGAUUCAAACACAUCAAAUGUAUCGCCAGUUCCUAUGGUAAACGACUACCAAAGUCCCAGCACUAAUUCUCCAGGCAGUCCAUCGGGCAGCCAUAGCCCAACAGUAUCAGAUCAUCAGAUAUCCAGCCCAGAUCUGGCCCCAAUUCAUCCUGCUCAAAUAAUUUGCGAUAUACCAAGUGUCCGAAGUGGCAGUAUGCAGGAAUUACAAUCAAAUAAUAAUCAUUUGCACAAUUUGGAUGAUGUAGCAUAUAAAAUGAAUUUCAAACAAGAACCUUCUUUAGAAACUGAUUCAACUUUUUGAUUGUUUCUUUUACUGGUAAUAGGCGAAAAUUAUCAGUAGUACAAAAGCAAUUGAGUUGUGCAAAAUUGAUUGUACAAUUUAUCAAGAUUGAUGUUUGCAAUUUUACAUCACAUUUGUAUGAAGAGUUCAAUUUAAUAAUUCAUUGAACAAACACUUUAGUUUUAUAUGUAUUUUGUAAUAAUCAAAUGGCUGUCAAUAACUGCCAAUUA